UCGUUGUUCCGGAGAGUUCGUUCGAAGAAAAGGAAAGGUUGAGAGAGAAAUACUCUCAACUCUUCUAGUGUGAGAACCAAACUCCUCUCUCUCUUACACCCAGACAAUCUUUACAAGAAAACUACAUCCAAUAAGCCAUUGAAAAGUUUUCUUGACACUUCAAUCAGAUUGCUUUUCUUGGUUUUUGGUCAUAUUGAGUUUAACUCCAUUCCGUUCAAUUUUGGGUUUUCUUGGAUGCUCUUAUUGUAUCUGUUUUUUUGUAGGAUUAUUUUUUUGUGAAAAAAUGAUUAAGAAUAUGCGCAUUCUUGGUCUGGAAUUUUUUUUUUUUUUUUGGGACAUAUAAUUUAUGAAUUUGGUGAAAGGCUACUGGGUUUUCUUGCCUCUUUUUGUUUUCUUGGCUUAGGAAUUGACAGGGUUCUUUAAUAUUUCGAUUGGCGUUCAAAAUCUAAUCUUGAUGUUAUAGUAGGGUUUUAUUGCUUUCUAUCGAUUUGUUUGGUUUCCCGUAUCAUUAGUUUCAAGGGUCCCGAUAGGUUUAGCCUGAGGGUUCUUUUUAGUUUUAUUGGUAAUAAUUCAAUUUUGAGUUAUUGAGUCGAUAAGUUGAGAGAGAUGUACAUUGAGGAACUGAAGGAAGAUUUUGAGAGUGAGGGGAAGCAGCAAUCGUGUGGUGAUCUCUGUCAAGGCCCUCCUGUUGCUUGGGAUCCGAAAAGGGUUUUUGUGGGAGCUGGGGCUCGUGCACUUUUCUAUCCCACACUUUUGUAUAAUGUUGUGAGAAACAAGAUACAAUCCGAGUUCCGUUGGUGGGAUAGGGUUGACGAGUUUGUUUUGUUAGGAGCUGUUCCAUUCCCCACUGAUGUUCUGCGCUUGAAGGCUCUUGGUGUAGGUGGAGUUGUGACCUUGAAUGAACCAUAUGAGACUCUGGUUCCAGCAUCAUUAUAUCACGAUCACGAUAUUGAACACUUGGUGAUUCCUACAAGAGAUUAUCUCUUUGCUCCAUCAUAUAGAAACAUUUACCGAGCUGUAGAAUUCAUCCACGGUAAUGCACUUCUCGGAAAAACUACAUAUGUUCACUGUAAAGCUGGCCGAGGUCGCAGCACUACAAUUGUCAUCUGUUACCUGGUUAAGUACAAUCAGAUGAUCCCUGAGGCUGCAUAUGAGUACGUGAGGUCCAUUAGGCCAAGAGUGCUGUUGGCCUCUUCCCAGUGGCAGGCUGUACAAAAUUUUUAUCACAGAUCAAAGAAACUUGAGAAUAACAUGGAUAGUUCAUCAAAUACAAUACUAGGUUUCCCUGCAAAAGAGAACCUAGAAGACCUUGACGAUGGCUCUAUUGUGAUAGUAAAUGAAUCAGACCUUGAAGGAUACGAGGAAAUAUCCAAUUCUGGUGAAACAGGCGAGAACAUUCUGGCUGUAGCGAACCUUGCCUGCAGGGUACAGUUUGCUAGUCAGGCAACUAUUUCUCAGCUUUCAUGCUUGUGGCUUCGUAUCCAAGCAGGACAGAAAGUGUUGAGGAACAGUCGGUUGAGAAGUAUGGACGUUGUUGAUGUUCGUGUUUGUUGAGCACAUUUUCAGUGUUUUUGUCUACUCUCAUAUCCUGAGGUGUUAUUGGCUUAUUAUGGGUUUAGAGCCUUGUGAAUUGCCAAAGAAGCAUUUCCUUUACGAGAUCAGUACAGAUUUGGUAAUUGUACAGAUGUCUAUAUAUUAUGUGAGGGCAGGGCUUCAUUCGUGUAAUGAGUUUAGUUUCUGAGAGGCAAGGAGUUUGUUGUAGCCAAAUAAUUUAAUGAAAUCCAGUAAAAUUUCUCUCUCCCCCUC